AUGCUCCAGGAGUCUUUAGAGGUGAUGAGAGAGGGUGCAUUCAGUGACAUCAGGUGGAACAGACAAGAUUUUGGUCAUGCGGCCCUGGCUCUGGGGCAGGCUGCACUCUGCGACACGGUCCCAUCAGCGUCAGACCUCCUGGAGGAGAAGUCUCGCUCUGACAAUAAUCACACAGUAAGUUUAGAGCUGAGCCGAGCCAAGCGCACACGACUCCCCAGACGAAGGCACACUCCAUUUAACUCUGCAGGGGGUUGUGGCAGGCUCGGAUAUGGGAUGAAGCAAGAGGAAAGGAUGUGUUUUUUUUUGGAGGAGAAGAAGAAGGCGGAGGGGAUAGACCCAGACUGGGGACAAAUAUGGAAAUGA